GCGCAAGCGAGUAGAGAGCAGUAGUGAGUGUGGUGAGUGCCUUGUCAUGCCACGUGAUAUUCUAUGGUUUUUUGAUAAUGGUAGUCUCGUGUCAAUUUAGUCGCCCAAAAGUCUUUUUUUAUGUGAAUAAUAUCGAAUCUGAUAGCCAAAGAUCAUCUAUUUAUAAUGUCUGUCGCUGAAUUUUUAAAAGGCCUCCCAUCACACGAUGAGAACAAUUUUGCAAAUUUUCAUACUGACAAUGGAAAUCGGACAUGUGUGAAGAGACCAUCGGUUUAUCUCCCUACUAAGGAUUAUCCUUCUGAACAAAUUAUAGUUACUGAGAAGACCACCAUUUUAUUGAGGUAUCUGCAUCAACAAUGGGAUAAAAAGAAUGCCGAUAGAAAAAGAGAGUUCUUGUCUACCAAUGGUGACUCCCAGGAUGAUGCGUCUACAGUACGCAGUAAAAGGCCACGUCUUGACCUGAAUAACAGUCUUUAAAAUAUAUUACAUUUUUCAUACAAACAUAUAUUCUUGGAUAACUAAUAAUUGUAUGAUAUAAAUCAAUUAUUCAUAGACGGACAUAUGGUACAAGACUACAUCGUUGCAUAAAUUUAUGUAACUAAAACGUACCAUCUUUGUGACAAUAUCUGUUUGUAAAUUUAUUCUUGGUUCUGAUUUUAUUAAAAAAUUUAAACAUACUGUAUUUCGAAAUACAGUAAAACGAUGUGCUCUAUACAAAUCGUGAUAUACUUUUAAACAGGGUUGGAAUGUUACCCGUUACUUGUAAUGCCGUUACCAUUACUUUUUUUUUGGUAAAGAAUAUUAUUACUUUAUAAAUGUAUAAUGUAUGCUUAUGGUUUAUAUUGUGAUUACCCAAACUUUUGAUAUCAUUGAUUUAUUGAAAUAUAAUAUAUAAAUAUUACAAUAUAAACAAUUGGAUACUAUUGUAAAAAGUCAUCAAAAUUUCAUGAAAAAGUAACAACGAUAAUACGUUACUUUUCUAAAGUAACGUUUUUCCAACUCUGCUUUUAAUCAUGUUUAAUCUUUGCUAUUUGUGUUAUGAUCAUAUUAAAUACUUCAAUUAAUGUAUUAA